AUGGCAUCAGGAAUCGAGACAUCUGCACAACCUCAAGUCAAAACUUUGGGAACCGAAUACAAGACCUUCUUGAGCAACGAACAACUCAUUCUUCACAAUCACAUACACCCCAAGAACGAGCGCCACGCUUCAAUUCGCAUGGUGGAGGCCUAUUUCCGCAGGAUCGCACUCUCCAACUACGCCAGAGCCAAGAGAACGGGCCAUAUGUUAAUCUGCGUCUACCCUCGGUAG